GACGUCUGCACAUCACUGGUGUACAUGCAAAUCGCUCUACGGAACCCUCUGAGAAAACCUUGUAGCUAUGAGUGCUCGUCCCCGAACGUUGUAGAGGGUUUCCCCUUGGCAUAGCCCGUCUUGACUCAGUGAUCAGGAAUUCCAGCCCGCAAUCGACAUAGUAUUGUGCGAACCCGUGCGCAUAUGUGAGUGGCAUUCUGGCCCUUUGACAUGUCUGGUGCACUGUUCAAGAGUCCAGGACGUUUGCAAAUUUUCGGGAAAUAAUAGCAAUCCGGACUUUCAGCGAUCCGGACUUCCGGCCGUCCUCAAUUGCGGCUGUAGCCCAACCUAGCAAGAUAUGGUGCUUGUUCCUGCUCUCAGCGUGCUAAGCGUUAGAGAUUUCAACGAUGAGGCUGACGUUUAGACGAGAACUCACGCGUAGGUUUCCGUGCUUUCGCCUUCGCCAUGUGCGCAUCUUGUGCAGCGCGAGUACAAAUGCACGGGACGCUGGUGGUCAUCGGUGUCGUGUUCUUCCUUCACUUGAACAGCCCAGAUUUUCAAGGCUCUUGGGACGCAUGUUCCAGACAUCCUCGAAGACGGUGUUGACCGAUCCUGGUACAUUCGCGAAUGAUGCGGCAGUGCAGAACUAUGUGUGUGUGGCAAUGAUGACUCUCAUACUCUGGGAGCAUGUAAUCACGCUUCCAGAGGAGAUUCACUUCAUCUGGCGACGAAGGCUGUCGAGAAGCACUGUCCUUUUUAUCAUAAAUCGGUAUGGCGUACUUUUGUACGGUGCUCUUGCGAUUGCUACGGAGUUUGCGGACGGUCAAGCGCUCAUGCAUGAGCAUUCUCAUAACACUCCAGCUGCGAACACUGAUCACCUAUUAGUCUGCUCUGCACUCCGAGCGUCUGCCCUCUGGAACAAGAACCUGCAGCUCUUCCUAGCUGUCCUCACAUUGAAUCUGAUUCCAUUCGGCGUCAACAUUAUCGGCGGCGACACUGAUCUAUUGCGAUUUCAAGCACUUAUACAUUUCUACGAUACCUAUGACAACCAGGACCACGACGACAGUAUCAUGUCUCUCAUAUAUGCCUCUGACAGGUCAUCAGCAAAUACUGCUACAUUCUCAAAGUUUUUCGUACAGGAGCUGAGAUCUGGCAAAGUGAUAGCUACAGCGCGAGCUUCAACCAUCCUCGCUGACUUUAUCGUGUUAUAUGCGACAUUGAUCAAGACCUUCGAGACUCAAAGGGUCGCGAACAGUGUGCCCAUGCAGGUUCCGCUCACCACUAUGUUGAUCCGUGACGGCACGAUAUAUUUCCUGUACGUCUUCCUCAGUUAUAUCGCGACAGUCCUAUCAAUGAACAUUGCUCAAUUAAUUGUGUUUCACACAACGGGGCAAGUCUACCUUGUUUCCUUCAUUUGCACCGUUACUGCGAUCCUGGUAUCGCGGUCCUUCUUGGAUCUUGGAGAGAUUGCAACAGGCGGGCUGAAAUAUGAUAUCUUCGGGCUGGGGGACGCUUACCGUGACCUUGAGGAAUUAGUGCUAGACACGCCGAUUAUCACAGAAUGCGGAUCUACUUCUGACUCGCUCGGGGCAUCGCUUAUAGACCUCUCGUCAGAACCACCUUCCAAAUGGGACCUUCUUGAUAGGUACAACUGA